AUGCAGAAGACCAGCGAGGCAUCUGCACCAUUAAAGGGCGUUCGGCCCGGCCUUAGUGAUGAUAUGUCCUCCGCCACCCAGGACCUUUGUGUCUACUGCUUUGAAGUGCUGCUAGCCAGGCUGCAGGGAACGCCACAACCUUCCCUGAAAGGUCAAACCGAUGAGUCUCCUGUCCGGGAGGUCCCCGGACUCUUUGUCAGCUGGCACAACCCGGCAGGGCUUCGUGGCUGCAUCGGCUCUCUGCAGCCGGUUGAAUUGGAGCGCGGCCUCUCCGACUGUGCUCUCUCCAGCGCCUUCCGCGACCGACGUUUUCCUCCGAUCUCUCUCAAGGAGGUGAAAUCACUUACAUGCCGUGUGUCCAUCUUACACACCUUCGAGCCUUGCCAGGACCCGACUGACUGGAAAGUUGGCGUUCACGGCGUCACUGUUUCGUUCACGGCGUCCUUGUGCAUCCUUUGCCCCUGCAGUACUUGCAGAUACACUGCUACAUUGCUUCCAGAAGUGAUUCUGGAAGAGGGGAUGACCCAGGAGGCGGCUUUGGACAAUGCCAUCCGGAAAGCCGGCUACCGCGGUCUUUGUACCUCCCGGUUAAUGUCGUCCGUGGAAGCGACACGCUUCCAGUCCGCGACAUCCGAUCUAUCUUUUCAGACCUUCGCGAAUCGAUAG